CUGCUGCUGAGUAUGAAUUGAAACAAGGUGUACAACAAGCGCCGGUUGAAGAUGCAACCUUUAACGAGGUCCCCGAUUCUGCACAGGCCAGCAUAGGUGCCGGCAUACUUUCAAGAGGAUGCCGAAGCGGUGAGGGAUCUGGAGGUGCGAAACAGGACCUUGAACCCCUUGAAGGCUAUGCUUCUGGCGUGAGUUCCGAACUGAAGCCCGACGAGUGGAUAGAAGAGAAGACAGACAAUCAAUAUGAGCAUAGUGAGACAAGAGGAGGUGCGUUGUCAUUUGGCAUAGUUAGCGUGCCACAACGUGGAGAGGCUUCAGGUGUUGUCAGCUUGGUCUCAGCGAAUCCGCAGCUUCCUGCCCCCAGAAAGGCAUUGUAUUCGUCCAAAGACCCGUGCAAUCACCCCUACGUGCGGUUGCCAGCUUUGGAAGCGGGUGUUACGCUUCAAGACUUUGACCCGUCUGGAGUAUUUAGCCGACCACCGAAGAGUGCAUCGUUUAUCAACAUUUUACUGGAGCUUCGACGCCUGUUUGCACAGCAAACGCUCAACCAGGAAGAUGCGAAUCUCCUCGUGAAAUUGGUAAAGGAGUUGGCAAGCACUGUAUGGAUUAGAACGACUGAAAGUUCCCGACAGUUGCGGCCCCUCUAUGCCAUUGCAAACUUGGGGAGCACCUUCCUGGCGAUGGACUACCUGGUUUCUGCAAUUGAACUUCUCAGAGGCCACUUGGAAGUUGGCUUGUGGAUUCAAGGUGGGACCCCUGGAGGCAAGAUGAGGUUUUGUUUGCCGGGCGUGGAUAUGAAUGGCGGUGGCGUUUUUGAGGGUGCAAAGGAUACGUGGAUGGUCACGCGGCUUCGGGAAAGCAGCCCUGGCAAUACAGCGUUAGCCGUUUUCAAGCCUGAUGUAUACACAGCUCAUGCUGUAGUUGCAGGGAUGCUUUCAUAG